GGAGCGAGCGAGCGAGCGAGCGAGCGAGAGAGAGAGAGAGAAGCCUUUUUCACUCUCCUUAGUUUAAGUUCAGAUUCAGACGUUCUUGGCUCGGACGCAGGGCUCAUGUCAGGAUUAGGAGCCGGGGACGCGGGACCAACCGGUGAUCUGCAGGAUUCCCUCCCCGGACAGCUGUGACAACAAUAUCCCCCAUUCCCUUUCCGACCUGACCGCCAUCCAACAUGCGUCUCCUCGCCGCCCUGUGCCUCCUUCUUCUCCUCCGGUUCGGCGAGCCUCGCCGGGGAAAGCCCGAGUGGGGCCGUACGCGGGGUAAGGGCAGGGCCGGCGUCGUGAGGCGUCAAACGCAAGAGUGUAAGGAGUACAUGGAGGCAGGGGACAAGUACCUGGACUGCCAGGACAGACAGUUGACCACCGUGAUGCAAGACUGGCCCAAAGACAUCAACCACCUGCUGCUGGCCAGGAAUAAAAUCCAGGUUCUGAGGAACAACAUGUUCUCCCAGUUCACCCAGCUAAAGAGCCUGGACCUCCAGCAAAACGACAUCUCCAUGGUGGAGGAGCAGGCCUUUAGCGGUCUGACCAAACUCAGGACGCUCCUCCUGCAGCACAACAGCUUGAAAACGGCCUCGGAAGAGGUCCUCCUGCCCAUGCCCCGCCUCGCCUACCUCCGUCUCUACGACAACCCCUGGAGCUGCCGCUGCCCGAUUGACAGCCUGAUUAGGACCCUGCAGGUGCCAACCAACCGCAACCUGGGCAAUUACGCCAAGUGCGCCGAGCCUUUUUCGCUGAGGGGCCAGAAGCUGAAGAAGCUGAACGUGGACUCGUUAUGUGCAGGUGGUAAAGAGGCGGAUGGGACUCGACCAAAGCCUCCAAUCAUCAACAAGCCGGUGGUGACAUCCAUGUGCCACACCUACAUCUUCCCCAAACCUCUGCUGGACUGCAGCAACAAAGAUCUGACCAACAUCCCGCCUGACCUGCCUUCCGACAUCGUGAAGAUGGAUUUUUCCAGAAACAGCAUCAAACAUCUCAGGCCCAAGCAGUUCCUGCUGUCCAAAGACCUCAAGCUUCUCAACCUCAGCAGCACCAGCCUGAACCACAUAGACCCAGGCGCGUUCGCAGGCCUGCUCCACCUCCGCGAGCUGGACCUGUCCAACAACAGCCUCCAUUACUUCCACUACGGCGUCCUGGAGGACCUGUACUUCCUGCGCAAGCUGUCCCUGGGCCACAACCCGUGGAUCUGCGACUACAACAUCCACUACCUGAUCUACUGGCUCAAGCUGCACCCGGGCGUGGCCUACACGGGCCUCAAGUGCUCCGAGCCGCAGGAGUUCCGCGGCUGGCGCGUGGAGGACUACGUGAAGACCUACAACGGGGAGUGUCCCAAGGAUCGACAGACAGGAGCGGGGGACACGGGCCAGGGGGGGCAGGGGGAGAACGAGGCGCAAGAGGCGGCGGGGGAGACGGACGAGGGGAUCCCGUCGAACCCCUUGAAGAAGAAACCAAACAGGUUCGAGAUUAUCAGGUUGAGUUAGGAUGCAUGAGGAUUCAUUUUUCUUCUUUGACAAACAUUCAGGUUUGAUGACACCUUUUUUGUCCUAUUUUGUGUGUAAAUAUUACAAAGGAAGUCCCACUCUUGUCAAUAAAAAGGAGCCACAAAAGUUGCUCCAAAAACACAACA